AAUCGACCUGCUGCACGCGGCCGCGAGCUUGCGACACAGGUAGGCAAUGUCAGAGCAACACACGGCUCGGCUGCAUAAUUUCAUCUCUCGAAAUCGAAAUUGCAAAUCAUGAUUGUGGCGGGACGUCAAUUCUAGCGAUAACCAUUUCCUGCGAGGCGAGGCGAUCCCCGCUAACGUGUCGGUUAGUUGUAGAGGCUGAUUCUCUCUUCUCUUUUGUUUCCUGCGGGUCGCCCCAGUGGUCGCGUGGGCGAUGUCGUGGACAGAGUACCUCUCCGGCAUGCCAUUUGGGGCCCCGGCCGCCAGUUUGAGCGCGGAGUAGCGCCGCCAUGGCCGCCGUGGUGCGUGGCGCGGGGUAGGGCCGUGCCCCCCCCCCCCUUUUUCCCCUCGACCGGUCCAUGACGGCACCGUCAACAUUGCGUCAGUUCAGCCUGGUCAGCUCGGCGGAUGCGACGCCCAGCCCAGCGCAGCCCGAGCGAACGCCGUGCCCCUCUGCUCGACAAGACGCCAGCCUGUGGAUGCUUCCCCUGUGAACUCGGUAACCGCCUCCGCAGUGUCUCGCCCUGGUUGUGUUCGGCGCUGGGCGAGCCGGCCUGUGGACGCGAGAGGAGCUGCACGAGGGCGGAGAGGUUAGGACGCCCCGCCGAGGCCUCGCCCGACCAACAAAGUUUGCUCGCAAUGUUGGUCAGGAACCAAAGUGUCAGAUAACGACCUUGAGAGGGAAUACCGGUGGAAAGGAGGAGUCGCCGUGACGUCAGCGCCGCACAGCUGAGCUUGUCCCGCGCUACUCCGCGCUGCAGAGACACUCCCGUUCCCGCCGCGGCGCUACCCCGUCCGGCCGGCUAUCUGACUUCUGCAAGGUCCGCGAUCAGCAGCAUGGACCUGGAGUGCGACAUCUGCACCGAGCGCUUCGACGGCGCCGAGCGGCUGCCCAAGGUCCUGCCGUGCGGGCACACGGCCUGCCUGCAGUGCAUGCGGCGGCUGCCCGACAGCAGCUGCCCGACGUGCCGCCAGGACUUCAUCGGCCCGCCGGAGGGACUGCCCGCUAACUUCCUGGCGCUGAGGAUGUUGGAGGGAGUCAGGCAAGACAGGACUCCCCGCUGCUGGUGCUCGGACUGCCGCACCGCCCCGUCGCCCCGCUGCUAUGGUGAGGUCCACAAUGUCCUCUAUGUUAAGAGUGCCCUGAGGCGCCAGCUGCAGGACGCGCUGCCGCAGGCUGCCGAGCAACUCCAGGGCCUCGAAGACCAGUGUCGGGACGAGCAGGCCCUGCCCGCCCUUACCCUGCUGACCGGCGAGUCCUGGGACGUGACGCUGCGGGGCGGCGGCCGCGAGCUGACGGGGACCCUGCGGACCUCCGAGGAGCCCCUCACCAAGGCCCUGUGCCUCCUGCUGGCGGCGAGGGCCGCGCUCACCGAGGACCAGGGUGCUGCACGGGAACGACCACCUGCAGCUGCGCCCACACCACCUGCAGCUGCACCCUCACCAGCUGCUGCUGUAUCCACACCCGCUGCAGACCCCCUCGCCGCCCGGGACCCACCACCUGCCGAGGCGCUGCCCCCGCGGGAGAUAGAUGUGAGAAGUAUCAGCGGCAGUGGACCAGGCGACAACCAGCAGCAGAAGGCCGCCUUGUUGCUGGACGCGCCGGGGGUGACCCGGCUGGUCGAGGUGUACUGCUACGCGGACCCCGCCUGGAGCCUCCAGCUGCUUCAGCGCGCCGCGCCCACGCUGGAGCGGCUGAGUGUGAGCUGCCUCCGCGAGGCCCACCUGCGCGCGGUGCACGCCAUGCCGCGGCUGAGGAGGCUGUUCGUGGAUGGUAAUGACGCUGCCCUGGACGCCCGGCCCCCCGAGCUGCCCGCGCUGCCGCCGGGACACGCCGGCCUGCAGUGGCUCAGGGUGUGUCUCCUCCCCCGCGCCACGACACAGUCCCUGCUGCGGGCGCACGGCGGCACGCUGGAGGAGCUGGAGCUGUGGGUGGGCACGGCGGGGAGUGAUGGGUGGCCAUACAGCUGCGGCGACCUGCACUCGCUGCUGCAGCAGAGCGGGCUGCGGGCGCUCAGGAGGCUCGUGCUGCGGAGGGGGUAUGGCCACGAGGCAGCCGCCUGCAGCGAGCAGCGCGCCGAGGUGCGGCGGGUGCUGCCCGGGGCCGAGGUGCUGUGCGACACGUGUGACCGUGUGGAGGACGAAGAGGUCUAGAGAGGCCAGCAGCGGGCGGGAAGACCACCCUGCUGCUCAUUCCAUUACCCAGAGAAAGACUUUUAAUUAAACAUGUAAGGGUACGGAUUAAGAAUAAAUCAGGAUCAAACUCA